UGGUAUUCCAGUUCAACAUGGCUGCCGUCUGCUAAUAUCCAAGGAGUUGUCUUCAGCAAUGAAACAGCCGGAGUUUGUCAAACUGUAACCCGGUUGUUUAAGUUAGCUGCUGUCGUGUGGUUCGGUCUAAAAUGGCCCAGUGUGUUCAAUCCGUGCAUGAGUUCGUCCAGGACUCCUUCGUCCCCAUGGUGGCUAUUCUAUGCAGUGAAGAAGCGGAGAGAGUGACUCGCAAGAACAAUCUGAAUUUCGCCGAACUGUUGCGACCUUUCUGCAGACUAACAUCCGAAGGUCACAUCCGGGACCCUAACAAUCAAAUCCAGGUUGUAAAAAACCUGCGGAUUUGUGUCAACAAUAUCGUGACAACCCCAAGCUCAUCGCCUGCCACCCUCACCCCAGCCCAACGCCGAGUGCUCAAUGAAGUUGUGUUGUCCUGUCAGCCUCAAGAAGGUGCUGUGGCCACUGCAAUCUCGACUGGAGACUAUGACCUCAAUUUUAAUGAUCACUCUCUUAAAGCUAGCAGUCCUUGGUUCAAUGCCUGGAAAGAAACUCUAUCAGAAGUCAGCAGCUCCAAGCACUUCACAGCAACGACACCCUGGUUUGAAGCCUAUAGGGAGAAAUUCCUUCAGACCAUGCCUGCCUCUGAACAUGAGUUCCUUAAUCACUACCUCGCUUGUCUCCUUGUAGUGUCCUCUACUGAGACCGUCCCGUUGGAGCAGUUCCUCAAGCUUUCUCAGGAGCAGCACCGGAUCCAACACAGUGGAGAAUACACCAACCCUAAGUGGUUCAUUCCCAAUACACUCAAGUACUAUGUGUUGCUACAUGAUAUGAGCGAAGGAGAUGAGCAGAGGGCUGACUCUCUGUAUGAAGACAUGAAGCAGAAAUACGGUCCUCAGGGAUGUUAUCUGUUGAAAAUGAACUCUAGAACAUUAUCAGAUGAACAAGAUGAACAGAUUCCAGACCCGUGGAGUCAGUAUGUGCACAGAAAUGACCUGCAUAGCCAGGACUCAUGUGAUGAUCAGGCAUCAUCUGUGACUAACGCUACUGUUGAAAAUGAUGUCAACAAGUCAGACCUGACUGAUGGCCAUCACUUAGCAGAUACUGAUGGAAUGUCCAACAGCCUGGAAAGUCAUCCUCUCCAGCUGGACAGUGUGACCAGUUCAGCAAGUCUUCAGUCCCUCACCACUGACCUCAAGAAAGGCAUUAAAGAUCCAGAAGGUCAGACUGCAGCAGGAGGCAGCCAUGGCGCCUGUCUGACCCUGAAUGAUCACGACCACAUCAGGCAGUUUAUUCAAGAGUUCACCUUCCGAGGCCUGCUGCCACACAUCGAGAAGAACAUCCGACAGCUCAAUGACCAGCUCGUAUCCAGAAAGGGUUUGAGUCGAUCGCUCUUCACAGCAACCAAGAAAUGGUUUGGUGGAGGGAAAGCUCCAGAGAAGAGCAUCAGUGAACCUAAAAGCACAUUUGGACUUCUCUACCCUCCUGAGGCUCCAGAAUUGCAAAUCAGGAAGAUGGCUGACCUGUGCUUCCUGGUUCAGCACUAUGACCUGGCUUACAACUGCUACCACACGGCAAAGAAAGAUUUCUUGUCUGACCAAGCUAUGUUGUAUGCUGCCGGUGCUCUGGAAAUGGCUGCUGUGUCAGCAUUUCUACAGGCCGGAGCUCCAAGACCAUACCCAGCUCACUACAUGGACAAAGCUAUCCAGACAUACAGAGAUGUUUGCAAGAACAUGGUUCUGGCAGAACGUUGUGCUUUGCUCAGUGCUGAGAUACUGAAAAGUCAAGGCAAAUACUCAGAUGCUGCAACUCUGCUUAUUAAGAUGACCAGUGAGGAUUCUGACCUCCGUAGUGCUCUUCUUUUGGAACAAGCUGCCCACUGCUUCAUUAACAUGCGUAGUCGCAUGCUGCGCAAGUUCGCCUUUCACAUGAUCCUUGCCGGUCAUCGUUUCAGCAAAGCAGGCCAGAGGAGGCAUGCACUGCGCUGCUACUGCCAAGCUAUGCACGUAUAUAAGGGGAGAUCUUGGUCUCUGGCAGAGGAUCAUAUCAAUUUCACCAUCGGCCGUCAGUCCUUCACUCUUCGGCAGCCUGAGAACGCUGUGACAGCGUUCAAACAGAUCCUGUCUAACGACAGCAGACAGACUUCCACACAACAGGGAGGCUUUCUCCGAGAGUAUCUUUACGUUUACAAGAGCGUAGUGGGCGAGAAUGAAGACUCUCUACCUCAGCUCCCCUUGCCCUGCAUCCACAGCUUAGCAACAAGAGUCUAUUUUGGACAUGAACGGCGUCUUGCAGAAGGAGAAAAGCAGGCAGCUACUCAUGUGUCUCUGGACCAGGAGUAUGACCAGGAUGUAGCAGCCAUGUGGGCCAAGCUCGAGGAGCAGUUAUUGAUUGCUGUCAACAGAGGUGUCCUUCCAGUGACUUUUCAACCAUCACAAUGCUGUUUACACGAGCAGACUGAUAAUUUGCGACACCCGCUGGCUGUAGUGGAGGAGCCAAUUAUCGUGGAGGUAAUGUUUAGGAAUCCUUUAAAGGUUCCUUUGCUCUUGUCCAAGCUCUCACUCCUCUGGAAGUUCAGCACCAAAGUGUCAGAAGGAGAGUCAUUAACAGAAUCAUUGGGGGAAAUCGUAACCAAUGAGGAGACUCGAGAGGAGACAAUGAAACGGGUAGAUGAAGUUGUCACCACUGAGAUCAUUGAGGAGUUUCAAUUGGGUCCAGAGGAAACCCGAACGGCGAGACUCAGACUCCUGCCGCACAGAACCGGCCAGCUUAAUGUUACAGGUGUUGUGUACGACCUGGCUGCUGCACUGACUGGAGAGUCCACUGCCAGCACUGAUGCUGGACAGCAGAAGACGGACAUAAUUGUCGUGCGUGGAAAACAGGACUUGAACGUUAAAGGCCCGCGACUCAACCAGACCAAAGAGGACAAGAUGUUGGUUCGACAUGGACCAGAUCAUCGUUUAGAUCCAGUCAUAACGCCUCCCAUGCCCCUUUUGGAGGUGUUCUUUCUGCAGUUCCCCACUGCUCUUCUGUGUGGAGAGAUCAGGAAAGCUUACGUGGAGUUCUGUAACGUUAGCAGUGUUUCCAUGUGUGGCCUGAGGGUGGCGUCAACACAUCCUGAGUUCUUCACCUUUGGCAAUGAAGCCACAACUCCAAUCACGCCACUCAGCCCAACCUCUGCAGAGAGUUGCUCUGCCUAUAAAACCCUAGUCUCGCCGCAUGGCUCCGCUGCUGGUUCAGUGGCCGCAGAGAUGUUGGUUUCUGAAGAGGACUUCAGCCAGCUCUCAGGUGUGAUGGACAUUCCAAUCAAUGGUAGCACUCUGGAACCAGGAGAGUCCACACAACUCCCCCUGUGGCUCAGAGGACCAGACCAAGAGGGAGUCCAUGAAAUCAACUUUCUCUUUUACUAUGAGAGUACAGAGAAAAACACAAAAGUCAGUCAUCGAGUGUUGCGUCACACAGUGUUCAUCUGCGCCAGCCGCUCACUCAGUGUGCAGGCGUCGGCCUGUCGCAGCAGCAUUUCCCCUCAUCAGAGUCUGGACGAUCAGGGUACCAGUGGAACUCUGGUCUUCUUAGACGUUGAAAAUAUCAAUACGAGUGAAGCUGGGGUGCGAGAGUUCCAUAUUAUUCAGGUUUCGAGCAGCAGCAAACAAUGGCGCCUCGAAAAAUGUAUCAACCCAGCUAAGGAGAAAGAUUGUAAACUGACCAGCAGAGAAAGAGCCAAACUGUGUUUUAGGGCGACACCUUGCAGACCAGGAACCAAAAAGAAAUACACGUUUGCCGACCUGAAUCUAGGAAAUGAGCGGAUCAUCAGCUCAGCGACGCCCUGCGGAGAUUUCUUCUUUCGUGCUUGUAGGUCACCUGACUCACAGCGAGAUGACGUGUCCUCCAGCGGCAACAAGCAUUGGACUUCUGUCCCUGAAGGGGAGCGAACAUCUGACCUUAACCAUAUAGUGAAGAAAUGUAAAGAGUUGGAUCUCAACAUCAUUGUGAUCUGGAAGGCAUAUGUGGUCGAAGACAACAAGCAGCUAAUCUUGGAAGGACAGCUUCAUGUGGCACUACAGACCCUUGGGAAAGAGGCCACAUCUUUGGCUCCCAAAGAGGAGGUUCAGGAGAUGGUGCUGUUCAAGUUCAAAUCUGAGCUCCCACCUCCACCCGUCCUUCCCACGGCAGAGCUCUCCCAACUCAUCAAGACCAACAUGCACUAUUCUGAGAUGUUCAGCCAUUCAUUUGUGCAGCACAGUACCUGCAUGGUGCCAGUUUCCCUGACGCUGUCCAACUGUUCCCUGACUCAAGUUGAUGUGAUGAUUGACCUACGGCACAAAACCUCCAGCUCGGAGUCCGUGGAGGUCCAUAGUGCUUUUACCUGGGUGGGACAGACUCGGUACAAGCUCCAGCUCCAGCCUCAGCAGGUUCUGGUUCUGGCCCUGAAAGCUUGUUUCCUCCAGGCUGGAGUCUACAACCUCAACACGCCGCGAGUCUUCGCCAAGCCAGCAGAGCAGGAUGUAAUAUAUGAGACCAGUCAGCAGGCGGCCAGUCCUGCACUCAUCAUCAUCAACGAUGCCUGGGCUGAAUCCCAACCAGAACCUGGACACUGAAGAUAGCCUCAUGAUAUCACAACCAAACUUGACAUCAUGAUUCAAACUGGGUUAUAGAAGUAGUAGACGGGGAUCAUUUUAAUGAUGAUGGACAGCUUUAUUUAUUUCAAAUAAUUUUAUGCCGAUGCGAGAGGUCACAAGGUCACACUUUCAACAACAUGCAUUGACAGUUAAUGCCCUUUACAAAAUGAAUCACACAGAAAUACUAGCCUAAUAAAGCGUGAGAAAAUAAUUUGUCUGAGCGGAAAAGAAAAGACUUCCAUGAUGAUUGAAGUCAGGAUACAAGUAAGAUUCAGUUACCGGAAGGUGUUUUCAUCAUAUCAUGGAUUACAGAGAUUAAAAGGAUGAACAUGAUCACUACUCGACUAUCUUGGAGUCAAGAACUAAUUCUUCCUGAUGUAGUUUGUUUGUACCUGACAAACGUGUUUUUAUCUGGACCUGCUUGAGCAGCAGAGCUCGCUGACCAAAGCCACCCAGCUGCCCUAGUGGUGCUUCACCACUGGGGGGGUGUGAGCUGCCAGACGUGUGGACUGUAGAUCCUCCUGAGCUGGAGAAGGAGGCUGACGGCUGAACAUUCUGUGUGAUUUUACCAGACGUCGUCUCGUGCACGGUGAUUUUCUAGGCUCCUGAUCUAACCUGUGUUUAUCAUGACUCUGGUGUGCACGGUUGCUUUUUCUCAAGAUGAUGUAUUAUAUUUAUAUAACUAAUUUCAUGUAAAUAGACAAUAAAUGUAACUAAUGCUACAACAAACAGAAAGAGAUUGAUCAAUAUAUUUUUUUUAAACACUUGAUGCCUCCCUCCCACUGGAAAAGAAUAGAUUAAAGACAAUAUUAAGUUGAAAAUGUGUGGGCCACAGUGUAGGACGGGGAGUCAGGAUAGCAACAUUGCCACGCUGCAUAGAUCUUUGGCAACAUCCCUGUCUCGGUCACAGUCAUUUAUAAGGUUUGGCUGCAUGGCAUUCUGCUUCUCUCUUUUUCACACACUUAAUCUGAUUUGGAACAGUGACGAAAUUGGGAUCGGCAUCUGAACAGUUGUGACAAAUUAUACAAUUAUAAAGACAAACUAAAGCAAAUUCAUUGGUAACGUCUUGACCUUUGGACACAUUUCAUCUUUGAGCCAGCCCACCCUGUCCUCACUUAUUCCUUUCUAGCGCUCUGCACAUGGUUACCAUUCUCAUAGAAG